UUAAAAACAGUCGUCCAGGAUGAUGAGAUCCGCCACUGGCUCAGACUGCUGUAUAUCAGCCGGAGACCCGAGAUGAAGUCACGCAGCAGUCCCACAUCAACAUGAAGUGUAAGGAGGAGGAAGAUCUGGCUGGCCAGCAGGUCUGGAAGCAGGAGAGGAACUUCAAUCUGGACCAGGAGGACACAGAUCCCCCACAGAUCAAAGAGGAACAGGAGGAACUCUGCAUCAGUCAAGAGGGAGAACAGCUUGUAGUGAAACACGAGGAUGAAGGCAUCGUCGUCUGGAGCGGGGAAGAGCGGCUCAGACAGCUGCAUAACAUCUGGAAACCUGAGAAAGAUUUACAGACCAGCGACCUCCACCAGCAAACUGCCUGUAAGGAGGAGGAGUUUGUCGCCAAUCAGCAGGAGAGGAACUCAAGUCUGGACCAGGAGGACCCAGAUCCUCCACAGAUUAAAGAGGAACAGGAGGAACUCUGCACCAGUCAGGAGCUGGAGGAGAUUGUACUGAAGCAGGAGAUCAAUAGUUUUAUGGUGACUUCUAGUUUUGAGGAAAGUGACCUCAGUGAAUCAGAACCAAACGAUGACCAGCUCCUUGCUCUUAACUUUCCUGAACCAGAGCUUGAGGAACAGGAAGAAAACCAGCAUGUGGACUCGGGAUCAACUAGAAAUGCGGAGCUGAAGAAAAGGAGACGUCACAAAAACCGAACAGAUAAGUCUCGGAGUGAAACUGAUACAAGUAAAAAAUCUGUAAGCUGUGACACUUGUGGAAAAACUUUUCAGUGUAAAUCCAACCUGACGAGACACAUGAGAGUUCACACAAGUGAGAAGCCACAUUCUUGUAGCACCUGUGGGAAAAGAUUCAUUUGGAAAUCAGGAUUGGAAACUCACGUGAGAAUCCACACAGGCGAGAAGCUGUAUUUCUGUAGCACAUGUGGGAAAAGAUUUGGUAAGAAAUCAGGACUAGAAACUCAUUUGAGAAUCCACACCGGUGAGAAAGCGUAUUCUUGCAACGUCUGUAGGAAAGAGUUUAGAGACUUGUCGACUAUGAAAAGUCACAGAAGGAUCCACACAGGUGAGAAACCAUAUAUUUGUAGCUCCUGUGGGGAAAGAUUCAGUUGGAAAUCAGGACUGAAUUUUCAUCUAAGGAUCCACCUGAGUGACAAACCAAAUCACUGCAGCACCCGAGGUAGAAAAUGACCUCAUGCUCCAAGUCACGGUACAUUUCCUGUCCACAGCAGUGAAGGGCACUCUAUGUUGUUUGUUCCAGCCCUGACUUUAUGUUUCUCUAAGUUUGAUAUUUUUUUUAUUGGUCUUUAAAGGUGACACAAAUAUUUAUUGAACAUGGAUGCUCUUUUAAUAUUUACCACAGAAACUUGUAUUUCUUCUUCAGUAUAG